AUGAAUCUGAUAUUUUUCCACAGUUUUCUAUACCUGUAUGUGCCAUAUUUGGAAGCCAGUACAGUUAGCAGUAACUUUGUAUAUCAAGGAAAUGUAUCUUAUUUUGACACAUCUUUGUUAAUAUCUGAGUUAAUUCCGACUAUAUCGGAUAUGUCAUUGCGUUAUGGUGCUGUAGAGUGCUACAAGAAUCUGGACUGUAACGCAGUAGAAAUAUGUUCAUUUGAUACAAGAACACUUUUCAGAAUUAGUUCAAGCAUUUCAACAUAUAUGGUCACUGGAAGUAAUACCUGCCUUCGAUAUGAACUGGAACACACAUGUGGUCGGGAUUCUUAUUUUAACAGAAGAAAGGGACAUUGCCAUUGUGUUAUAGACUGCGAUUGUAGAGCUGUCACGCCCUCUGUAGGCCAAUUUCUGACUCACACAGUGAAGAUGGACGGUCAACAGUUUCCUGCCAAUUGUAUGAAUACAGCCGGCCAUAUUUGGACGAUGAUACAAAGAAGGUUUGAUGGCUCUGUAAACUUUUACAGAGGAUGGACUGAAUACAAAAUCGGAUUUGGAGAUCUCAAUUCUGAGUUCUGGAUUGGACUUGACAACAUCCGUUUGUUGGUCACCAAUGGAUAUACAGUUUUGCGCGUGGAAUUGAAAUACCUUACAGAGUCUAGGUAUGCGGAGUACAGUAGUUUCUAUAUAGCAGGGGAGGAGGACAACUACCGAAUCCAUGUGUCAGGUUACAGUGGAACAGCUGGAGACGGAAUUUCGUGUACAAAUAUGUACUGCAACAAUGAUGCGCAGUUUUCUACCUUUGAUAAUGAUAACGAUGGAAUUUCCACUCAGAAUAGUGCGCAGGCGUGGCGGGGUGCGUGGUGGUACAAUGUGGGACAUCAGUCAAACUUAAACGGCGAAUACGGUAAUAACAAUCAUGGACAAGGGGUAAGCUGGUAUCAAUUCAAAGGCUGGACUGUGUCCUUGACGCAAACUAGAAUGAUGCUAAGACAAGCAUAA